AUGGAGUGCCAGGCCACGCACAGCAACGACGUCCUCUGUUCCAACGGCUACUACGGCUUUCAACCGCUGCUGAACGGAGCGGUGGCCGUGGGGGGAGGAGGGGGAGCGGGGGGUGGGUACCACGAGGACCAGACGAUGUCUGUUUCAAACGGACACCUGGCCGGGGGAGGCCAAGCGCACGCGGGAUCUCUCGCCUGGCAGAGGAAGAGAGGCAGGGGCGACGAGGCCGCGGGCUGUGUGAACGGAGCAGACUCGGCCGCGGCGGGCCUUUUGAACGGGACGUCAGCAAAGGCAAACCUCUACCAUGCCAAGUUGCAGACUGCAAUGGGGCUCAACUGCAACAUACCACCCUACCACAGCGGUGCCCCGUUUGAAAACGGGACGGACGGCUCAUCAAUCGGGACAGACAGCAUGCUAAUGAUGACAGACGAAGGGGACGGCCCAUUUGUGAAUGGAGUGGAAACUCUUCAUCGUGGAAACGGACAUGCGACUCACCAAGACUGUGGCGACACUAGGAGCGUCUCACCUGCCUCCCAAUCAUACAUGCUGCUCCACUAG